UGUGUCUUAUUUAACAGCGAGGAGAACUUUUUUGCCAGAUUCUGAGCGCAUACAAGUCACAAUUAGUCGAACCACCACGGAAAGCAGUGCUCUGCAUACGUUUGACAGGGCACAAAACUUUUAAAAAAUAUAUAUAUACUUAAAUAUAUAUAUAAAAAAUUAUAUAGAAAAAAAAGAAGUAACAACUAAUAAAAUAAGUUGUAGUUUAAAACGAAACAUACAUAAUUAAUUAAAUAAUUUAUUUAUAAUUAAAAAGUAAAUAUACAACAAGUAAUUAUACCAAGAAAAUCGAGUGAAAAUUUUAUGUUAAAUCAAGAAAAAUAAAAUUUUCAAAUAUGAAAACGAGAAAAAAAAAUUAACAUAAAACAUAUAACAAAUUUCAUAUAAAUAAAAUAGAAAUUAAAAUUACAACAAAAAUAAAAUGCAUAUAACUUAAAUCUCCAAAAGAAUAAGAUAAAAUUCGACUUUUGAAAGAACGUAUUGAAAAUAAGAAAAGGUUAAAGAAAUAAAUCUUCAUGAAAUGAAAUUCUUCCAGAGCUUCAAUGUCUGGAUAAAGUUUAAGUUGAAAAUAUAAAAAUGAAAAAUGCCGUCAUUGAUGACAUGUUCGUUAAUUUAUCAAUUAUCUGUAACACCGGAACUACGACGACAUUUAAGGCCAUUUAAUAUUAAGAAAAUUAAAGAAGUUGAAUUGCAACUAGAAGAAAGAAAAGAAAAUUAUAUAAAUAUUAAUAAUAUUUAUGAGCUUAAACAACAACAACAACAAAAUUCACAAAAAGUUUGUCUUCAAAAAAUCUUGAAAAAACCGCAACAAUUAAAACCACAUAAACGUCGUCGUCGUUGGGUUUUAUCCUGUAAUUUAAUUACUAUUUUAAAGCAAAUUAAAUUAACUAAUCCCACCUUUGAUAUACAACAACAAAAACAACAGAAACAGCAACUACAACAACAAGUACAACAUCAACAAAAACAAUUACAACAGCAGCAACUUAAACAACAUUUGUUAAAAAUUUAGUAAAUUUGUUCCUUGUUACCAAAAAAAAAAAAAAAACAAACUGCAACAACAACCAAUUAAAGAAAGAAAACAAAUCAUUUCCUGUUAACAUCCUUUCACUCACUACUCUCUGUAUUGUCAAUACCAA